UAUAAGUGAUCGUACUGUAUUGCACCAAGCUGCGAGCAUGGAGUAUUACAGAGAACCAGUACUACCGGGUGUGGCAUACCAAUUGCAAGAUGAGCUGGAUUGGUAUCACCGAGUUGAGGAAAUAGUACCUGAGCACUACUUAAUGCAUCGGGACAAAAAUGAUCUGACAGCAGGGGAUCUUUUGGACAUAGAGCAUGCAGAGAUGCAUGAUCAAGCAAAGCAGUGGAUGAAAGAAACAGCUCAAUCAUGUUCCACUGUGGCUGUCCUCAUUGCUGGUGUUGUCUUUGCAGCUGCUUAUGCCAUCCCAGGAGGGACUCAAGAAGGUAGACCUGUAUUGCAUCACUCUUCAGCCUUUCGAGUUUUCACUAUCAUGGAUGUUGUCUCUCUUGCCUGCUCAUUGGGUUCCGUUGUCAUGUUCCUUUCCAUCCUCACUUCUUCUUUUGAUUUAUGGGAUUUCCAUAAGUCCUUGCCUGGAAAACUUAAGUGGGGAUUCAUUAUGCUCUUCUUCUCCCUUAUUUGCACAAUGUUAGCAUUUGCUGCAACCAUUUUGCUCACCAUUCGAAUGGAGGGGGACAAAAAGAAAACUACUUUCACAUACAGUUUGGCCUUCGUUGUUGUUUCCAUAUUUGGGUUGACACAGUUCCGCCUUUAUAAAUUGUUUCAAGAACAAACGACAUUUGUUAAACGCCAGCUCAGGAAAUGGUCCCAGCACUGGGAAAGAAUUUGUGGGUAGAGCAAUACUACCUACUUGCUCAAUAAGUUCUUCAUUAUUCCUUCUAUUACCCUCUUGAUUAAUUUCUUGUAAUUACCUUGUGUUGUGUUUUCGGUGAGUUGUAAUUGUAUUACAAAGGUCGUAUGCAAAUCGAUCUCUAAUAAGCUGGAACUUAUCUAGCUA